UUGGUAGAGGAAAUCAACAAAUGGAUUACUCUUACCUAUAACGGUAAGAGUUACCUCAAAAUUUUUAGCAUAACAAAACAGCCACAGCGACCGACCAAAGGUCAUGCUGUCAAGAUUAUUGGUUGGGGUACAGAUCAGGAAACAAAAAAGGAUUACUGGUUGAUUGCGAACUCAUGGGGUGUCCGCUGGGGAGAAGAAGAUUACUUCAAAAUGCUACGUGGAAGCAACGAAUGUGGCAUUGAGGCAAACGUAACCGCUGGUCGUUGGGAUUAA